GUCGGACCACAUUGUGUGUAGCGCAGCGGUUCGCCGCCUGUAAAGUGACAGGAGAGCUGCUGCGUGUUGACAUAUUUACUGAAGCUUGUUAUUUUGUGUUGCUCGCAAAGAAAUGGAUGACCAGGGGUGUCCGAGAUGCAAAACAACCAAAUACAGGAACCCGUCGUUGAAGCUGAUGGUGAACGUCUGCGGCCACACGCUAUGUGAGAACUGCGUGGAGAUGCUGUUUGUGCGCGGCUCAGGCAACUGCGUUCAGUGCGACACACCCCUGAGGAAGAGCAACUUCCGAGUGCAGCUCUUCGAAGACCCGACCGUAGAUAAGGAGGUGGAGAUCCGCAAGAAGGUGCUGAAGAUAUACAACAAGAGAGAUUUUGACUUCCCCAGCCUUAGAGAGUACAACGACUACCUGGAGCAAGUGGAGGACAUAGUGUAUAACCUGACAAACAACAUUGACGUGGAGAACACCAAGCUGAGGAUGGAGCAGUACCAGAGGGAGAACAGAGACCUCAUCCAGAGGAAUAAGGCUACACUUACCCGAGAGCAAGAGGAGCUGGAGGAGCUGCUGUUGCUGGAGCAGCAGGGCAAUGAGCAGCGGAGGCUGGAAGUGCUGCAGGAGGAGCAGAGGCAGCUGCAGGCCAAGAGGAAGAACAAGCAGGCUCUGCUGGACGAACUGGAGCAGUCCCAACUUCCUGCCACCAUCUUGCUUGCCCAACACAAGGUCCGUGCUGCCCAGCUCGAGACCCAGAUAGAACAGCAGAAACAAACAGUCAAACCUACAAAUCUAUUUUCAACUGGAAUCCAUAUGCGUCAGACGGUGUCUCUCAUGGCUGUGCCCAAGGUUGAGGAAGUGCUGUACCACUACAAGCCUCUUCAAGUUAAAACCUAUGGACCUCCAGUGCCAGAAUUGGAACAGCUGGGCAGACUUGGGUAUCUGAACCACGUGCGGGCCGCCAUGCCUCAGGACACAGCUGGAGGAUACACCUCGGCUUUGGCGUGUCAUCGAGCCGUUCAGGAUGCUUUCAGCGGGCUGUUCCCUCCAAAAGGCUAAAGCCACACGGAGCAACAGAGCAACAACAGCCAAUGGAUAGAAAUAUGACUGAAUGGACUAUAAAUACUGCCCUGCUACCACUGUGGAGAGCUGCUGUGGUUGGGUAGUGACGUGACUCAUUUGUGGUCAAGGUGUAUAUGACUUUUUAUAUUUUGUGUUAUUUUUAUACUUAAAUAAAUCACAAAGAACA